UCCAGAAAAUAAGAAAGAGUAUUAUAUUAUCAUGGCCUACCAACUUUCCCUCUAAUUUGAUUUAACCCUUUACGGCUAUAUUGACAGUAGCCUUCUCCACACUUAAAUUAAAUUGAGUAUUUGUAUCCAUCCAUCCAUUUGUACAUUUCAAUUCAGUUCAUUUCUAUAAUCAAUCUCUCUCUCUCUCUCUCUCAAUGACGCUCAACAUAGCGGCUUUGGCUGUGUUGUGUAUUUCUGUCUUUGGCAUCGCUGUGGUGGCUGAAGAUCCAUAUAGGUUCUUCACCUGGAAUGUUACAUACGGAGACAUUUAUCCACUUGGUGUUCGCCAACAGGGAAUACUUAUCAACGGUCAAUUCCCAGGUCCAGACAUUCAUUCUGUUACCAACGACAACCUCAUCAUCAAUGUCUUCAACAGCUUGGACCAGCCAUUUCUCCUCUCCUGGAACGGAGUCCAGCAGAGAAGGAACUCAUUCGAAGAUGGGGUAUUGGGAACAACAUGCCCCAUCCCAGCAGGAGGGAACUUCACAUACAUACUUCAAGUGAAGGAUCAAAUUGGAAGCUUCUACUACUUCCCAUCCCUUGCAUUCCACAAAGCUGCUGGUGGUUUUGGAGGCAUUAGGAUUUUGAGCAGGCCUAGAAUUCCAGUUCCUUUCGAUGAUCCUGCCGGUGAUUACACUGUCCUCAUUGGAGAUUGGUACAAGCUCAACCACACGGAUUUGAAGUCUCAGCUUGAUAGCGGUAGGAAGCUGCCUUUACCUGAUGGAAUCCUAAUCAAUGGUCGUGGCUCUAAUGGAGCAUAUUUAAAUGUGGAACAAGGAAAGACUUACAGGCUUAGAAUAUCAAAUGUGGGGUUGGAAAAUUCGCUGAACUUGCGCAUACAAAACCACAAAUUAAAGCUGGUGGAAGUGGAAGGGACACACACCCUUCAAACUACGUACUCAUCCCUUGACGUCCACGUGGGCCAAUCUUACUCAGUUCUGGUAACUGCGGAUCAACCUGCUCAGGACUACUACAUUGUGGUCUCCUCUCGAUUUACCUCCACAGUUCUCACCACCACCGGAAUUCUGCGCUAUAGCAACUCUGCAGGCCCAGUUUCAGGCCCACCCCCUGGUGGACCUACCAUCCAAAUUGAUUGGUCUUUGAACCAGGCCCGCUCCAUCAGGACCAACCUCACAGCAAGUGGGCCUAGGCCCAACCCGCAAGGCUCCUACCAUUACGGUCUCAUAAACACAACCAGGACCAUCAUACUGUCGGGUUCACCAGGUAUAGUGAAUGGCAAACAAAGAUACGCAAUUAAUAGCGUGUCUUACGUUGCUCCGGACACUCCUCUUAAGCUCGCCGACUACUUCAAAAUCCCUGGCGUUUUCCGUGUGGGAAGCAUUUCUGACAGGCCCACUGGCGGUGGCAUAUACCUUGACACAUCUGUGCUGCAAACUGACUACAGAACAUUUGUGGAGUUUGUCUUCCAAAAUGACGAAGAUAUCAUUCAGAGCUAUCAUCUCGAUGGCUACUCUUUCUUUGUGGUUGGUAUGGAUGGAGGACAGUGGACACCUGCUAGCAGGAACACGUACAAUCUUCGAGAUGCAGUUUCGCGGUCCACAACUCAGGUAUAUCCCAAGUCAUGGACUGCUAUAUAUAUUGCGCUUGACAACGUGGGAAUGUGGAACUUGAGGUCUGAAUUUUGGGCACGGCAAUACCUUGGCCAACAGUUUUACAUGCGCGUUUAUACAACAUCGACCUCAAUCAGAGAUGAAUAUCCUGUUCCGAAGAAUGCACUACUUUGUGGUAGGGCAAGUGGGAGACACACUCGACCCCUUUGAGCUAGCAAGCAAGCGCCUUCGAGUAUGAAAACUAAAGCAGUUAACUUAUCUGCUUCUGAUUUUUGAAUUUAUUUGUUUCGGUGCUUUCAGUUAUUUAUGCUAUGCUCCGAUGGACAUGUAUGAUUUAAACUACAAGUUAAAUGACCCCAGCUCGAGGUCACAUUCUUUCCCAGAAAAAAAGAAGAAGAAGAAGGAAACAAUAUAUUCUAUUCUCUUUGUAAUUUUCCGAAAUUUUUACUAUUAUUACAUAUUAAUGUCGUAAGAAAGUUGUCAUUUAGCACUUCGCA